AUGUCAGGAUAUCGACAACACUGCAAUGCAGUGCAUAUUCAGCCUCCAUGGCCCGCUCGUCCACAUCAGCAUGCUUUCACAGAAGAUCACUCUACUCAUGGUGGGUCGGAUACUGGGCAGGAUGCUCCCGAUGAUACAUUACAGGGAUCCUACUAUAUCCCACACCCUAUUCUUGAUGGUUCCCCUUGUGAUGCUGCAGGAAACUUCUUGAAUGGAGAUCAUCCUCCCAUCCCAGAUCAUCCUACCAAUGACACCUGGGAGCCAUUUACAUCGUGUGGCCACUUUGAGCUCGCAGACUUCAUUUUCCGGUGGAAUCAGAUGUCUGGGAAGCAAGUUGAUGAACUCAUGCAGGUUUUAGGAUCCUUCAAGGAGUUCAAAGGCCGUCCUCCUUUCAGUAGUGACCGCCAUGUCCAUCAUACCAUUGACACCAUCUCUUCGAGUGCUGUUCCUUGGCAAUCUCUCACACUCCGACAUGCUGCAUCCAAGAACUUGCCACCUGGUCCAUCUGUUACCCCAUGGAAGCACACCGAGUAUGAGGUGUGGUAUCGCGACCCCCGCAAGUUAGUAAGAAAUCAACUCGCAAACCCGGAGUUCACUGAUAACAUCGACUAUUCUGCUCGACAAGUGUUUGGAGAGCAAGGUCAGUGUGUAUGGUCUGACUUUAUGACUGGAAAUUGGGCUUGGAACCGAUCUAACACGCUAGCCAAAGAUCCAGACUGUGAUGGUGCAAUGCUAGUCCCCAUCAUCCUCAGUAGCGAUAAAACUACGGUCUCUGUGGCAACUGGCCAAAAUGAUUUCUACCCACUCUAUAUAUUACGGGUAAUCUUCAUAACAAUGCCCGUCGCACUCACAAGGAGUCUGAGAGCCUCAUAG